GGUCAGACCGUUCCGGGACUCCGUAACGCAAGCGUCAGGAUCAUCCCGACUGAAUAAUCUGGCAUUUUAAGCUAGCGUACCAAGACCAUUGACAUCGUCGUCGUAUCAUCGGUUGGCGAGAGAAUGUAAAUUAUCUCUAAAUUAAAUUAUCUAUUAAUCAGAAAUGUCGCGUGUUCUAAUCAUCGUCAUCAUGCAUCGAGUUCCGUUGCAACUGCCGCAGGUGUGAUGAUUGAUAUUUUAUUAUUACACACACGUGGGGUGGUGGUGUGACAACAGCUGUCGGUCUGAUUUCCAAUCGAGAAAAGUUUGAACUGCGAUGCAGAAUAAUAAUCAAUUGGCUUGAGUGAGGCGAUUUCAAACAAUUUGUAAAAACGGUGUGCAGACUUGUUUUUAUGACUGUGUGAUGUGAACCUGGGUUUCUAAACAAUGCAAGAGGGAACAGCACGUUUCGUUGUUGAUUAGAAUAUAUCCCUGUGCCUAUAUAAUCUUAUUCCGUAUUCUUUGAUUCUUAACAUUGUCCUGCACCAUUCCUAAUCAGCACCGACUGACUAUAAUUGGAAUGGAAACGAUAAUCCGCGUAGAAAGAGAGCCCGCGCGCUUUUAAUUAAAUUUAAUUAAAUCGAACGAAUAUCCCCUUCGUCUUUGACGGUAUAAAAAAAAAAGUGAUUUUCCCGCGCAUCCGCUUUAAAACCGAGAAAGCUUUAAACUCUCAAAGCUGCACCAUAGGCAGUGUUAUCCCCUUCUCCAUCCAUCUUCCGCAUUCACUAUACAUAUAUACGUACACCAGGAUCUUUCUUCCGGAUUGAAAAGCGUCCGUUCGCGAGCCAAGAGCGGUGAAGGAGAGAAGAGGGAGGAGAUAGGGACCCGGUGUAAUUAAUUAAAACGUUUUAAUCAUCGCGAAAUUAGCUGCUCUGUGUGCAGGAUUCCAGCUGCCGAGCUGGACAAUAACAACGCUACGUGAGGGUGAUUCAUAUUUUUCACUAUCAUCGUUUUGGAAAUAAUUAAUUUUCAUACAUCAUCAUCGUCAUCAUCGCCAUCGUAAUCAUCAUCUGGACGAGAUGGAUCAGCGAAGCAACAGCUGGAGUCUCGCAGCGUUCGCGUGCCUUCUCUUGCUGAUGAUGGGGGCCAGCAGUUCUUCGUCGGCGAACGACUACGACGACACUGGUGUAAACUUUCCUACGGGAUUGGCCACUCACUGUCCCGGUAUGAAACCCCAGGCUUCCCUCGAUCUCGAACAGAUAACUGGAAAAUGGUACGUGGUCGAGUACGUGGAGCACAAGAUGAACCCUAUGCGACCAACCAGCAGCAGUCGUGGUAUAACCGAGAGCUGCCCGGUGGUCAGGCUGCGAUUCACAGGAAGUAAGAGUCUCACGAUCAGACUCUUGUGGAGCACGCAGGAUGGUGAUCUGGACUAUUCUUUUACCGUAACGGAUCCUUCCGGCGCUCCGGGAUUAUGGAGAUCAAGGGAUCUGCAGAAUGGUACUUUGGUGAACAAGAAUUACGUCCACUUUGUGGGCAUCGUGCAAGUCAUGAAAGCCGUUGCGUCCCACAUGGUACUGACGUUCUGUACUAGAUCGCCGAACAACGAGCUGUACUCGGUCGUCCUGUCACGAAAUUAUCAUUUAACGGAGAAUGACAGAGCUGGCGUGCAAAGUUUACUGUCGAGACGUUUGCCGAUGAUAAGCGUUACCGAAACCUGCGUAAACAUCGUCGAAAACGGCAAUGAUAGCAUAAACACGGUAAACUUCACUCGGUCGUGGUGGUCGAUCAUUCUCCCAUUGUUCACCCUCCUCAUCGCGGCUUCGACUUACACUACGACAAUAUGAGAUUUUCUGUCGGAUGAGUUAGGAAACGAUAAGAGGACAAAAAAAAUAAAUAAAACGAAAAUCGUUCAGAAAACAUGCAUGUACAUAAUAUAUUAUUAUAUAUAUAUAUAUCAAAAGUAUUAAACAUAUAUAUAUGUGUGUAUAUACAUAUAUAUGCUUAUGUGUAUCAAUGAUCAAGACGUUUCAAUCGAGUUUACAUAUGAAUAAUGAUAUAAUAAUGCUCAGAUUAUUAUAAAUUCUAGAUAUUAUUACAUAUAACAUGAUUAUUCGCGAGUGCACGAUACAAUAAAAUUUUCUUGACAGUUUUUUUCGUCCGGAAUACGUAAGAAAAAAGUAAUAAAAAAGUAAUAGUAAUAUAAUAAUGAUAAUAAUAAUAAGGAUGAAUUAUUUUUUAAAUCGUCGUAUUAUAGUUAUGGUCGUCUUCUCGUAUCCCUCGACAAUUUUCUCAAAUCUUGAUAGUUACAACCACUAAAACUCUUUUUUAUUCGUUGUCCAAUCGAUAUCCCGAAAGAAGUAUGCAACAAAGAUAAUAACAAUAACAAUAAUAAUUACAUUAUUAUAAUCGAAGAAUAAAAUCCCGAGGAAAUUUUUACUCAAUUUACAUAUAUAUAUAUAUAUACGUGUAAUUUUAAAGAUUGCCCAUCGCCGUAUAUAAUAUAUUUAUGUAUCUAUAUGUUGAAGUAUACUAUAUUGUGUAUUUAUAUAUUAAAAGUAUAUUCAUUAAAAAAAAAAAGUUUCAAAGUUGUUGUGUCGUGUAAUGUACUCAAGUUAUUGAAUAUAAUUAGAGAUAAAAUGAAAACGAAACAAAUCAAUUACAUCGCGCUCCGUUACACCUUGUGUCUUCUAUACAACUGGCUAAUCCGGCGUUGUUUGAUACGUGUUUGAAUGCGGAAGUAGAAGCAGAAUGAUGAGUAGGAAGAAGUAGCUAGAAACGUUGUAGCAGCGCAGGAGGGUUAAAUAGUAAUUAAGGUUAAUUCCGCAAUAAACCUCACCCUGAAUCAUCACUCCUUCUUCACCCGCGCCCUGGCUUUAUACCUCCGAUUCCAUUCCAUUUCGUUUCAUUUCAUUUUAUUUCAUUUCUAUUCUAUUCUAUACCUGCUAUUUUCUCCUCUUUUCUCCGAGAUCGUCGCUUGUGCAAAGCGGAGGAUUGAGUAUGCCUAUACAUGUAUUAUAAUCCCUCCGCCAUCACCUUUCCAACGCAUCCCCUUCUUCUUACACAUACCCGAAGAUCAGCUCCUCUUACUCUUUUAGGGUAUAUACGUUACCGCGGGUAGGUGUAUACGUGCAGGUAUAUAUACGUAUGUAUAUACAUGCACAUAGGUGCCAUAGUAGUAAAAUAUAUGUACACAUAAUAAUGUAAUAUACAAGUUAUGUAUAUAUUGUGUAUACGAUGUUGCAGCUUGGUGGAAAAUCAAUAAAGGUAUGACGUCAUUGGCUCA